AUGAGCGAGAGCAAGGGAAGAAUUAAAUUAAAAAUAAAUUUAGGCAAUGAUGAGGACAGUAUAAAUAAUUAUACCAGUAGUGAUCCAAUUUUGAAAAAAAAAAAGAAAAGCUCUACUCUUUUAAGUGAUUCAGAUAAAAGUAAAGAAAAUUUAAAAGAUGAAGAUAAUAAUAGUUGUGGGUCAGACAAAAGAUUAAAAGAUAAUAAUUUAGAAAAAAAAAUUAUAUCGAUCAUAUCCAAAUUAACUAAAAUAGCUUGUAUAUGUGAAAAUAAAAAAAACAACCUGAACAGCAAUAAUAUUAACAACAGUAAUAAUAACAGUAUUAAUAAUAGUAACACUAAUAGCAAUAAUAAUAGUAACAACUAUAGUAACAACUAUAGUAACAAUAACAAUAACAAUAACAAUAAUAGUAAUAGUAAUAGCAAUAAGAACAAUAAUAGUAAUAGUAAUACUAAUAGUGAGAGCGGGAAAAUUUGCAAGAAACUCAUUAAACAGAUGUAUAAAUACGAAAAAUGCCUAAAUAACCUAAAUAACUUCAUCAAUGAUAAUAACAAUUGCUUAGAUGAUAUAACAUUUCCUAAUGGUUUAAUAAAAGCUGUUGACAAUUAUAUGAGUGCCGAUGCGUGGGCUUACGAGUACUUAUUGGUUGAAUGUAAAAAACAGAAUGACAAAUACAGAAAUAUUAUACAGAAUAUAUCCACAUUUGAUAGCACGUUGAGGUACAAAAUAAUUAAUGAAGGUGUAGGUAACAAAUUAACUAUGCCUAUCUAUGCCCCUGUUGCGGGUGAUAAAUUAAAUUUUUUAAGUGAAGGAUAUAAAAAUUAUUACAAAAAUGUGCACAUACCUAAAGAGCUAGCCGAGCCUUUUUUCGAAGAUGUAAAAAGAAGAAAAACGGGGGCUGGAUUGGACACAGCACAGGAAGAGGAGAUUAAAACAUAUACAACACUUACAACGGGACGUUAA